AUAAUAAAUAAACAAAAAUUCACAUCCACAUCCACAAUCCACAUGUGAUCGAGUUUAAAAUCGAUUAAAAACAAUACAAAAACUAAUAUUGUAUAUUAUAUAUGUGGAGUUCUCUAAGAAACAUUAAUCAAGAUGCGCUUUAAUAUUAAACAAGUAAACUGUGGUAGUGAACGCAUUGGCUCUUUAACAGGAUUUAUUAAAUCAUCUAAAACUAUUAUUGAAACUCCAACUGCCGCCUUAUUGACUCAGGGGUGCAGUGUAGUUCAUCUGACAGCUGAAGUGUUAGCUAAAGUAUUCCCUGAUACACAAUUACUAUGGCUCCCACUAUCCAACUCAGUUCAAUUAGAAAAUGGAGUAAAAGCCCAAGGAGAAGGUGUUGCAAAGUUUGCUGGAUUACCGAAACAUGUAAUAUGUGCGACUUUAUAUAACAUAAAUGAAAUAGUUCCACCUGGGCAUUUUGAACUAGGCAAAUUGCCACUUUGGACUAAGAAUGGAAAGAAAAUGAUAACUGCAGAUAAAUAUAUGGAUUUAAUGGAGACAUUUAAACCUGAUAUAAUUUUAGCUGCUUCAGAUGGACGUAUCUCUCUAAAUGAAAAACCAAAAAGAAUUGUCAAGUCUGUAGAGAGGACAAUGGCUUUGCUUGAUUCAUGCAUAAAUAAAUAUAAAGCUUCUGAAGAACUUCAACAAAGCUCACUUGUAGGUGUGAUAGUUGCUGCGAACAUACCACAUAAAUGUGAGGAAUGCAUCCGACAUAUCCUGAAAUACAAAGAAACAUUAGUUGGAGUUGCAUUAGCUGGUCUUACUGAUGGAAGCAAGGAGUCAUAUGAAGUUUCUCUUGAUAAGCUGAAAGAAAUAUUCAGUAGAGUUGGUGGCUCACUACCAAAUGAUCUACUUCGUAUUGUUGAAGGUUCUUGGAAUCCUGCAGUCAUAGUAACAGCAAUAGAGCAUGGUUGGGAUGUGUUUGAUGGUUCAUAUCCAAUAAAACUCACAAAUAAGGGACAUGCAUUGUCUUUAAAUUUUGAUGUGUAUCGAUAUAGUGGAGAUCCAUGUAUCAUGGACCUUAAUGACAUUAGGUAUAAUGAAGAUUUCAAACCUAUACUGGAAGGAUGCGAAUGUUUGACAUGUAAAAAACACACACGUGCAUAUAUUAGGCAUCUUUUAAAUACAAGAGAGAUGCUGGCAUCUGUUUUGUUGAGCAUACACAAUCUACAUCAUUUCAAUGAAUUCUUCGUGCAAGCUCGUCUACACAUCAGCGCCUCUACGUUCAAUAUUUACAAGAAACACAUUAUAACACAAUAUGAAAAUAUAAAUCCGAAAUUGGAUAAUGAAGAAGACAAGACAGCUCCAACUCUUGUGCAGGAUAAAAAGAAAAUUAAAGUGAGAAUUGGUGAUAAUGUCAAGACUGAAGUUAAUGGUACAAUUAUAAAGUAGUUUGUAUUUGUAAGUGGAGUUAGUAACUAAACAUAGAUAGUAUUAUGUAAUUAUGGAUAGAUUAAUAUUCUAGAAUAGAUUGAAACAAAUUUUGUCUUAGUUCAGUGUGAUGACAGCAAAAUGUAAAAUUUGCGUAAAUGUAUAAUUUUGUUUCAACCCAACUUAAAAACUUCUAAUGUAUAUUUGCCAUUAUGAUUUUUUUGUCAUCUAGCUAAAUAUCUGUAAAAUAAUGAAAUCUAUUUUGGAACGAAGUUCCUUACGGGACGAUUCGGAGGGGUACCCCAACCGGAAAAAAACGUCCAUAACGUAAGAUUUUUUAUUAGUAAUGCACACAGUGUACGACUUAACUUUGUAAUAACGUACAAAAAAUAACAUUUUUUUUUAUCAUUCAUUGACCACGAUCUCACAGCGUUCGUUUGCGCAAUACACUAACUCUUAUGCAAACAACCGUGAAUGAAGUGUACCACAAUAAGUUCGCACGUUACCGAAUGAUCGUGGGCUGUUGCUAAACCUCCAGUUUUAUUUUCUUUAUACCUCGAAUAGAACUUAAAAUUAAUAUUUUUAUAAUAAGGAACUUCGUUCCUAUCCGGUGUCCCACGACACCACACAUCUUUUUUUUCUAUAUUAGAAUAUUUGUCGAGUUUGCAUAAUAACUAGGUUAUGUGUGGUACAACAAUCUUAGAGAAACAUAUUAGAAUUCAUAUGUAGCGUAUUUUAAUUUAACGAAAGAGCCAUCUAUUCAGUCGAAGAAUUCUUUGAGUAGGUAUCUUAUUAUAAAAAGUUAUAAAAAACAAUUUCUUAGAAAAUUUAAAUCGACAAAUAUAACGUGAAUAGACUUGUCUGUCUGUGACUUUUGCGCAUGCCUAAUAUUGAUUAGAAAUGGAAUGGAAAUUAGAUCAAAAUUGGUUAAGGCAUUGGCCUAAACUAAUUUAGAUCUAAUUUCCAUUAAAUGUUACGUGUUAAUUAUUAUGCCUAUUAUUAAUUUAAUUUGAAAUAAUGUUAUAACAAGAGUAUCUACAAAGAACGUCACGCGUGCCCUCUAACGUUUGUUCUUCUUAAGGAGGAGAAAGAAGUUUCGUUUGGCUGCUUGUUCGGGGCACGCUAAUAAGACAUUAGCAGUAAUUAGUAGGAUACUAGUUGUAGUAAAUGACACAUAUUUAAUGUGAUCCAUUGUAGAUGCGUUCUCGUAUGUUCUAAAACAUUCCAUGUACGUAUAAGUAUUGAAAAUUGAAAAGUGGUUCACAAUUUGUAAUUAGAACUUUUGAAAAAGUCAAAAAUGUCAACAAUUUUUUUUUUGUUUGAAAUUGGAACCAGUUUUUGAUGACUUAAAAUCAAGAAAUACGUAAAACCGAAGAGGUAACAAAUUAUAGACGUUGCAAAUACAUCACCCGGACAACGCGAUUUUCGAAUAGUUUUUUCAAAGCAGCAAGUAUAUAAUAUAUAGUUUGUUAAAUACACCUUCAUAAAUGUGAUAUUAGGAAGACGACAUUCUUUCUAAUGUCAAAUUCGGUGCAAACAUCUUAUCGAAUAACAUUGAAAAAAAAAUGUUUUCUAUUCGAAAAUUAUUAAUAUUGGUUUAGUCAUCUUAUGUUGCUUGUGAUUAAGAUGACUCUGUUGUUGAAUAGCAAUAACGGUCAGAUUUGUAUAUUGACACUGAAGGCAUAAUGAAUAUCAACAAUUUCAGCGGUUUUAAUAGUAUUAGAGAUCCCCAAGCGACCAAUUGUAGGAUAAGAUUUCUUUAAAGAAUUUACACGAAAACAGUUUAAAAGUAAAACUGUUGUUGUUUUUUUUUUAAUAGAGACAAACUUUCCACCAACUGAUUUAUAGGUUUUAUAGUUUUUUUAUGGUUAAGGGUGCGGAUAGAGAUUGUUUGUUCUCCACUUGAUACUGUUAUUGAUAAUUUAUUUCAAAAUUAAUAGUCAAUCAAACUGUGUUUGUUUUUGGAUGUUUCCAUAAUUCUUGUGUGGAAUGUAAGCUAAACAAAUUCAACAUGCAAAAGUUCUGAGAAGGACUAACGAAAUAAACUUAAUGGUCUAAGCUUUUAGUGCCAUUUAAAAAAUAAAUAUAAUUUACACAUUAUGUAUAGUAUCAAAUUUAUUCGUUCGGAACGUUUUAAAUAGUUGCAGUGAGUGGAUUGAGAGUUUUAUUUUGACACGAUUACUGUAAACAUUAAAAAAAUACUUUUUGAUAUUAUUAUCAAAUGCAUACAUCACAGCGAAAUGCUUCUGGUAAAUAUUUAUGAUGUAUUUUUGUUACAAUAAGUUUUCGUCCAUCAAGUUUUAAUAUUGAGUUGUUUAUUUUUUCUUUAGUGUUUUUUUAUGACGCUCUGAUUGUAUAAUUCCGUGCGUACUGCUUAUCUAAAAUUAACUUCAUAUUUAGUGAUUGAGUAUUUAGUAACCAAAUAUAUAAAUUAAGAGUUCAUUUGCAUCACAUACUUAUUAUUUAUUAACUAAGAUUAAAUUAAAUGUUUUGUUCUAGCGAUACUUAACCAAAAAACUGGGUAAAAAGACCAAAAUUUUAUGUUUAAAAACAAGUUUACAAAUUCCCUGUGAUAUAUAUUUUUAAAUUGAGUACUUAGAAAUAAUUCGAGGUCAGGUUAUUGGGAAUACGAUUUCCUGCGUCCAGCAUAAACAAAUUUUUACCAUAGAAAUUUCCUGAUUAAUGUUGUUGAAUCCCAAUGGAUUGUGAUAAUAUUCAGGAAAACCGCAAUGGAUUGUGAUAAUAUUUAGGAAAACCGCCUAAGAAUCGUUUUUACUUUAGAUAUACAUGAACUCAUAGCCAACCCGGUGGAUAUUACCGGAACCCAUAGAUGUCACAAUGUGAAUUCUGCCACCCAGUUAUACGAUUUCUAAGAUACGAUUGUAUAGGCAAAAAUAGGCAGGAUGGUAGUAUCUACCCGUGAGGAGCCAUACCACUAGUAAUUUCGCAAAUAAUAAUAUCACUGUUAAUCAGUAAAGCCAUUUUACUUAAUAGAAAGCCUGGUAGUGUUACUUUUUGAAACAAAAUGUUUAUCUUAAGUCUUUGGUAUUAAGUUUUAUACUAAACAACCAUGCUGUUCAGAAAGCAACAAUGUAUUCUUGUUAAAACAAAGAACGUUUCAAGAUAUUAAAAAUCAAUAUAAAUAACCUUUCAUGUGGUAGUUUAUUUAUUUAACUACCUCCCAUAAUAAAUAACCCCAUAAUAAAAUUCCUCAAGCUAUGACCUGAUGUCAGAAGAAAGUUCAAUCGCCUUAAGGCUAACAUACCAUAAACCUUAGCGACGAAUUCGAAAAAAAAACAAAACAUCGCUCAGCGGUUGUAAAUAAGUACACAAAAAUUCCUGAAACUGUAAACAUUAAUCGAAUAAACGAGCAGUGUUGCUAGAAUCAGAGCCGGAUUUAGACUAAAUGCCGCUUCUGGGCACCGGAAAAAAAACUGCCCCAAUACUGGAAUUUUAACUAAACUUAUAGUUUAUAUAUUUUAUUUUUCAAAAUUAAAAUAACUAAUUUAUUGCAGAAACUUUAUUAUAAUAUGUUAUAUAUUCCAAAAACAUAAAUAAUUAUUUGUUUUUUUUUUCUAACAAUUAUAAAUUUUGCACUAAAGGUGACUCAUAAUUAUAUUACAUCGAAAAAAAAAAUCUGACUGAAUUUCUUUAAUUCCAGAAAAUGGCAAAAUCGAUUAUCAUUUUAAAUGUCCAAGGAAAUAAAAUUGAUUAAAUCAUUUUGAUUAUUAAUUUUUACUAAAAGUGCCAAAAUUAUAAUUCACAAAUAAUGGAUGAAUUGAAUUUGUUGAAUUAUCAAUAAAACAAAAAAUUAUAACUUAAUAGAAUUAAUUAAUUAUAUUGAGCAAUCUUGAUAAAACUGAAAAAAAAAAUACUUUCAACAUUUUGCCGCCCUGGGCACUUGUCCCGACUGCCCCUAGUGUAAAUCCACUACUGACUGGAAUCCUAAAUAUAAAAUUAAUAUAAAAAGAUAUUCACAAAAGAACAUUGCGGCGAAUUGAAUCGUUGUUUUGUGAUUGAGGAAGAUUUAAAUUAAAAUUACCAGAACUCCGAGUUAUUAUUUACGAUAACCAUACGACUUGAAGACAGCCAUGUUUAAAAUGAUCACUUUAUUUAUACUAUUUUGGGUCGACGCCGGACAUUUUACGGUUACAACGAGUAAAUUCAGCUUUCAAUUGAUUUGCAAUUCAAAUGCUUUGUUUGGAUAUUGGAUAUGUUACGAUAAAAAUUAUGGUUUACAAUAAAAUAUACAGAUUCCUGUAUAAGUCCCGGUUACGUUCUUCAUCAUGAAUGUUCAAUAAAUAGUAUAGAACAUAUUAAACCCGCCAGGGCGUAACGAAUAGGUAGGAAAAAGGCAAUUAAAUUAAAUACAGACCAAAAACAUUGUGCAAAGAAUUUACAUUAAAUAUGCACAAGUGUGUGUUUUUUUUUUGUCUGAUCCAAUAGGUACCUAUCGUAUAACAAUUGUGCAAAUUAAAUAAUUUGAUUUAUUGUUUAUCAAUUUAUUUAUCACAAUUUUAUGGCAAACCUAUGAAUGUAAAACCUGCGUUUUUUUAUGAUAUAAUAAAAAAUUUGAAACACCUUCCAUUUGAUUUGAUGAUUUAAUACCAAUCGAUGUUUAGCUUUUAAUUUGGAAUAAUAAAAUUUAAAGUCCA